UAGGUUCUAACGACCCUAUUUCGAAGAAAAUGGCAAAUUGGAACCCAAUUGGAGUUGCUUUUAGAACCACCGAUUCUAACAGAUAUACGCCAUCAGGCAUCAUGAGAGAAGCAAAGAUCGGCAUGGCUGCUUCCAUACAGAUGCUGCUCAUCUUUCUUCACACUUUGCUUCUUCUCUUCAUCCAUCGAUCCUACUGCAAAACCUUAAAGACAAUCGAUUCGAGCUUUCCCCUUCAUGAUGGUGAUGUUUUGCUCUCCGAGAACAAGAUCUUCGCCCUCGGGUUCUUCAGCCCCAACAAUUCUACCCGCCGCUUCAUCGGAAUUUGGUACAGCAAGGUUAGUGAGCAGACAGUUUUCUGGGUGGCCAACAGAGACAGACCGAUCAAUGAUACCUCCGGGUUUCUCUCAAUCAACUCCCGUGGAGACCUUGUUCUCCAGUAUUGCAGCAAUGGAAGCUCACCCGUUUGGUCCACAAAUAUGUCGACAACAAAUUCAGAAAAUGCUACCACCAAUGCUCAGCUUCAAGACACUGGCAACUUCAUUCUGCUAGAAAAGAUUAGCAGUCGCGUCCUGUGGCAGAGCUUUGAUUAUCCGACAGAUACGAUGACACCUUUCAUGAAACUCGGGCUGGACCGGAAAACUGGCAUGGACCGAUUCCUGACUUCUUGGAAGUCUAAGGAUGACCCAGGACCAGGGAAUUUCACAUACAGGAUCGACCCAACAGGUUUCCUGCAACUAUUUCUCUAUAAGAGCGGGGCUCCGCACUGGAGGGCAGGGCCAUGGACGGGCCUGCGUUGGAGUGGGGUGCCCCAGAUGAUCAAACCCUACAUCUUCAACGUCAGCUUUGUCAAUGACCAGGAAGAGGUCGCACUAUCGUUCGGGUUAAGGGACAUGUCGAUCAUCUCAAGGAUGGUGGUGGACCCAUCAGGCCUGCUCCAGCGGUCUUCGUGGAACGACGAUGGUGGCCGGUGGAUCCAGUUCUAUGCCACCCCCGAGGAGCAGUGCGACUACUACGGGACUUGCGGACCUAACAGCAACUGCAACCCCUACAACAUGGACCAGUUUUCUCGCACUUGCCUCCCUGGAUUUGAGCCCAGGUCACCGAAAGAGUGGUUCCUCAGAGAUGGAUCUAGCGGAUGCAUGAGGUCCCCUGGGCCCUCCACAUGCCGGAGUGGGGAAGGAUUCAUCAAGGUGGCCCGUGUGAAGGUCCCCGACACUUCUCGGGCCCAUGCUGACAUGAACAUGGACCUCAAAGAGUGUGAGAAAGAGUGCUUCAAGAACUGCUCCUGCACAGCCUACACUGCGGCUGAUGAGAGCAGGGUAGGGUUUGGGUGCUUGGCAUGGUACGAUGAUCUUUUGGACACAGGGACGUUUUCUGCUAUUGGACAGGACUUGUAUAUACGCGUUGAUUCAGCCGUUUUAGCUCGUUUGACAGAGAAGAAAGGAUUUCCUGGGAAGUGGAUAGGGGCAAUCAUAUCUGCUGGUGUGAUUGUGGUGUUGCUGCUCUUAAUCUUCUUGUUUAUAAUGAAGAAAAGGAGAGGGCGAAGGAGGCCUUCUGCUCCCUCAAAUGCUGCAUAUUUCCAUGAUGAUGAAUCUCCGAGCAUGCAUGAUCUCGAAGAAGACGGAAGAAAUACAGAUUUGCCAUUCUUUGAUCUAAGCACCAUAGCUGCUGCCUCGAACAAUUUCUCUUUCAUCAAUAAGCUCGGGCAAGGUGGAUUCGGUCCCGUUUACAAGGGAGUACUCUCUAAUGGAAAGGAAAUAGCGGUUAAGAGAUUGUCAAAAUAUUCAGGACAAGGAAUCGAAGAGUUCAAGAAUGAGGUCACAUUGAUCGCUAAGCUGCAGCAUAGGAAUCUUGUGAAAACCCUUGGCUGCUGUAUUCAAGGAGAGGAGAAAAUGUUGAUUUAUGAAUACCUGCCAAACAAAAGCUUGGACUCGUUUCUUUUCCAUGAACAGAAGAGGUGUCUGCUUGACUGGAGAAAACGCUUUGAGAUUGCUUCUGGGAUAGCUCGAGGGAUCUUGUACUUACACGAGGAUUCAAGGCUGAGAAUAAUCCAUCGGGAUUUGAAAGCCAGCAAUGUGUUGCUUGAUGCUUCAAUGAACCCGAAAAUCUCCGAUUUCGGCAUGGCUAGGAUAUGCGGAGGGGAUCAGGUUGAAGGAAAUACUAGACGAGUUGUAGGGACAUAUGGUUACAUGUCGCCAGAGUAUGCGAUGGAGGGGCUAUUUUCGAUUAAAUCUGAUGUUUACAGUUUUGGAGUUUUGUUGUUGGAGAUCAUUUCCGGAAAAAGAAACAGCAGCUCAUUUCACCAGGAGAAUUCUUCUACCAACCUAAUUGGCCAUGUUUGGGAGUUGUGGAAUGAAGAAUCGGGCUUGGACAUUGUCGACCCGUCUAUAGGCGACAAGUAUCCUAAGCACGAAGUCCUGAGAUGCAUCCAGAUUGGUUUGCUCUGUGUGCAAGAAUUCGCUGUGGAUAGACCAAACAUGUCCAGGGUUGUGUUAAUGCUGGGGAAUGACACGAGGCUUUCUUCUCCGAAGCUACCCGCUUUUGCUUUCAAGAAGAUAGAGGGCAGAGCUGAAACCUCUUCUUCUGGUGAAAGGACCCACUCAGUAAAUGAAAUGUCCUUUACUACUGUCCAAGCUCGUUGAGUGCAAUUUUCUACUAAGAUUGGUAUAUCAAUGAAUGUAUUAGCUUAGAUUGACCUAUUGAUUAAGAACAUUAUAAAAUAUAUAUAUAUAUAUGUCGCUUUUAA